AUGCCAUCAAAUCCAGAGAGUGACGGACCCCCUCCCGCACCACCAGACGACUACACUUCAUCCCACCGCAGCAAAGGCCGCUUCCGCUUCAAAAGCUCCUCCACAAAACACACCCCCACCAACAAAACAGACCCCAGCCGAGAUGAAGAACGACAUCGAUAUCGAGAUCGAGAUCGAGACAGAGACAGAGACCGAGACCGCUCUCACAGAUCCUCCCGCGAAAAACACAGCACGAACCGCCAUCGCCAUCGCCCGCGCCCACACACACGUCCACGCACGCGCUCCCCAUCCCCCCUAAACCCCUCAACCUACAAACCCCUCGACAACGAAACCGCCUUCCGCGAAUCCCUCUUCGACGCUCUAGGCGACGACGAAGGCGCCGCCUACUGGGAAUCCGUCUACGGCCAACCAAUCCACACCUACGCCGUGCCAGAGGUCCAAGGGCCGGACGGCGAACUAGAGCGCAUGGACGAGGAGGAGUAUGCGACGUACGUGCGCGCGCAGAUGUGGACGCGCACGCGGGAGGGCAUGAUGGCUGAGCAGGAGCGACUACGCGCCGAGCGGGCGAAGGUUCGGAAGGAGCAGGAGAAGCAGGCAGGGCGGCGCGGGCGAGAUGAGGAGCGGGAGGCGUUUGAGCGGGCUAUGGAGGAUAGUCUGAGGCGGGGGAGGAGAGGAGGAGGGGGAAGGUUUGGGCUGGGGUUUGGGAGAGUUAGGGAGGCUGUUGGGAAGUGUCAGGAGUCUGGUGCUGAUGCUGAUGCUGCUGAGGGGAAGACGGCGCCGUUGCGGAACUUGCUGGUUUGGCCGGUCCAGUCGGGAAAACGGUGUGAUGUGACGCCUGGUGCUGUGGGGGAGUUUUUGAGACAUGCGCCGGAGGGGGAUUUGUUGGCUACGCUUAAGGUUGAGCGGGUGCGGUGGCAUCCGGAUAAGAUUCAGCAUCGGUAUGGGGUGCUUGGGGUGGAUGAGAAGGUUAUGCGCAGUGUGACUGAGGUCUUUCAGAUUGUGGAUCGAAUGUGGAAUGAGGAGAGGGAGCGGGUUGGGAAGAGCUGA